AUGGCUAUGCUCCAGUUUAUUUCAAGUGGUCUCAAAAAGGUUGCUGUUCCAUCAACAAUACACUGUGAUCAUCUGAUUGAGGCUCAAGUUUCUGGUGACAAAGAUUUACAUCGUGCUAAAGACAUAAAUAAAGAAGUUUAUUCUUUUCUUGAAACUGCUGGGGCCAAGUAUGGUGUAGGAUUUUGGAAACCAGGAAGUGGAAUUAUCCAUCAAAUAGUACUUGAAAACUAUGCUUUUCCUGGUGUGUUAUUAAUUGGAACAGAUAGCCAUACUCCUAAUGGAGGUGGCUUAGGUGGCUUGUGCAUUGGUGUUGGCGGUGCUGAUGCUGUCGAUGUCAUGGCUAAUCUUCCAUGGGAGUUGAAGUGCCCAAAAGUAAUUGGUGUUAAACUUACUGGCCAACUAAGUGGAUGGACUUCUCCAAAAGAUGUUAUCUUGAAAGUUGCUGGUAUUUUGACUGUUAAAGGAGGAACUGGUGCAAUAGUGGAAUACUUUGGGCCUGGUGUAGAUUCAAUUUCUUGUACAGGAAUGGGAACAAUUUGUAACAUGGGAGCUGAAAUUGGUGCAACAACUUCAAUAUUUCCUUACAAUAAGAGGAUGAGAGAUUAUCUAAUAUCUACUCGCAGACAAGAUAUUGCCGAGCUAGCUGAUGGUCAUCAUGAUUUAUUAACUCCCGAUUCCGGUUGUGAAUAUGAUAAAAUUAUUGAAAUUAAUUUGAGUGAGCUGGAACCUCAUGUAAAUGGACCAUUUACUCCUGAUCUUGCACAUCCUAUUUCACAAUUGGGUAAACAUGCAAAAGAAAAUGGCUGGCCCCUAGAUGUGAAAGUAGGACUCAUAGGGAGCUGUACUAAUAGUAGUUAUGAGGAUAUGGCCCGAGCAGCAUCGUUAGCAAGGCAAGUCCUGGGCCAUGGAGUAAAAUCAAAAGCAAUAUUUACUGUCACUCCUGGUUCAGAACAAAUCAGAGCUACAAUUGAAAGAGAUGGCCAAGCUCAAACAUUAAGAGAAUUUGGUGGAGUUGUUCUUGCCAAUGCUUGUGGGCCUUGCAUUGGACAGUGGGAUAGGAAGGAUAUUAAAAAGGGAGAUAAAAACACGAUUGUUUCUUCAUAUAAUCGCAACUUUACCGGCAGAAAUGAUGCUAAUCCUGCUACUCAUGCUUUUGUGACUUCCCCUGAGUUAGUUGUUGCCUUAUCUAGUGCUGGAACAUUGGACUUUAAUCCUCUCACAGAUGAGCUUACUGGUUCCAAAGGUGAAAAAUUUAAGUUGAAAGAGCCAUAUGGGGAGGAACUGCCAACGGGGGAUUUGACCCUGGGUCAAGACACUUACCAAGCUCCUCCAGCUGAUAGCUCUUCUGUUAAUGUUGUUGUGGACCCAAAUAGCCAGAGAUUGCAACUUCUAAAUCCAUUUGACAAAUGGGAUGGCAAGGAUUUAACUGAUAUGCAAGUUCUAAUCAAAAUAAAAGGCAAAUGCACAACUGAUCACAUUAGUGCUGCAGGACCAUGGCUGAAAUAUAGAGGGCAUUUAGAUAAUAUUUCAAAUAACAUGUUCAUUGGCGCAAUCAAUUCGGAAAAUGGUGAAGCUAAUAAAAUUAAAAAUCGCCUGACUGGUGAAUGGGGCACUGUACCAGAUACUGCCAGACAUUACAAGUCCAAAGGAUUGAAAUGGGUUGCUGUUGGAGAUGAAAAUUACGGCGAAGGAAGUAGCCGAGAACAUGCAGCGCUUGAACCCAGACAUCUUGGGGGCCGAGCAAUCAUCGUAAAAAGCUUUGCUAGAAUUCAUGAAACUAAUCUCAAAAAGCAAGGUUUGUUGCCUUUAACUUUUCAAAAUCCUAGUGACUACGACAAAAUCCAACCUUCUGACAAAAUAUCACUAUUAGGACUCAAGGAUUUAGCUCCUGAAAAACCUGUUACGUGUGAAAUCAAACAUGAGGACGGCACCAAAGACACAGUUCUCUUGAAUCAUACUAUGAAUGAAUCUCAGAUUCAAUGGUUUAAAGCAGGAAGUGCUUUGAAUCGUAUGGCUGAGCUGAAAUCGUAAUUAUCUGCUAAAAUUGUCUUGUAGGAACUUUCCCAUGUGAUAAAUCAAUUCUUUAGAUACUGAUAUGAAUUUUUUCAACUCUUUGUACAGAUUUAUUUAUUAGCUAUUGUGCUACGACUCAGAAGAAACUGUCUAGUCGUUUUUUAAUUAGAAUCAUUUCAAUCUUCAUUGUUUUAAUUAUGCUGAAAAAUUCAAUAUGCAGCUGCUACCAUAUGUAAUGGUCCAAGUCUGUUUUUAUAUAAAAGAAUAUAAUGUAAUAAAAGUGUUGAAAAAUUUGA